AUGCGCACUGUCAUUGAAGAGAUGACCCGGUUGUCCGAGGUCGCGGCAGAGGCGCAGCUGCACCUCUCACAUCCUGAUAUCUAUGCGAGUCUGGAGCGGCUUCAAGGAAUUGUAGCCGAUGCUUAUAGUCCCAUCGAGGCUGGCGCCCCUGUCGAGCCAUCCCCGGAUUCAUCCGGUCAAGUGCAAUUGAUCAGCGCGCAGGUUCAAGCGCCGAGACAAUACCCACCGACCCCUCCUCUACCAACCAGACAGCACACCUACGCAUUCCAAGAAGUGCGUUUCGCUCGUCGCUUACAGCGAUACUGCCUCGAGCACGCGUUUCGUCUUUACGUGGAUUUCCGGUCGGACCCGCGGGAGAUCCACCGCGUGUUCCGACUCGUCCCCUGUGUGAGGGACCGGGGAAAGACCCAACCGCGCUUCCGACAGCUAUUGAUGGGGGGGCGGGCGGACCCUCUGGAGGUACCGAGUCUCCCAUUUUACACCGUCGGCGGCGCGGGUACGCACUUCCCGGAUGUUGAUGAGGAGGGCAAUGCGAUAUACCCGGCGAAUAGUCGGAUGCCACGGCGGGUUUUGGGGGUUCUGCCGUGGCCGGAGCUGGGAACCAAGGGUGGCGAAGAGGCACUGGAGGCCUAUGGGCUUGGGGGGGAAUGGUUCGAUAGCCGUGAUGUGGAGGGGUAUCUCAAGCUGCAUGGGGUGGACGUAAAUGGGGGUUUGUUUCCUACGCUGCACGUCGCCGGUGGAGCAGCUGAGACAGAUCGCAGUCGGUCUUUUGUCUUGGAUGUCGAGGGUUUUUUCUCACCAGGGGCUCGAUGGUCAGGCCGCAGUCGAGCUCCUCCACCGACUGCUACUAUCCUGUUGUUGUUCCUCCCACCCGCAUGGCGAUCUGGCUGGCAAGGCCGUCGCCAGCAACAUCCCAGCCAACGGCGCUGCCGACGCGGCCGGCGCAGCAAGCCAGCACCUGUGCUCCAUAGUGGUCGAUUUCGUGAGACCCCGCUAUCUCAUCCUGGAACCCCAUUUGCCGUAUUGAGCGCACCCGCGACGUGCAGCCUCCUUAACACGACGCAUCUCUGUGUGGUCCAGUCCGCAGCGAUAGCGGAGCAUCUAUACCCGAUUGCAACAGUAAAUCUGACUCUGAUAAACUGA